ACAAUAAAGGGGACGUUAUGUCAAUUUGAGAAUAUCGUUAGACUUGUUCAGCAUUUCGAGACAAGAUCAAUAUACAAAUCUAGUACAAGCAACCAUUCAAGUUUCCAACAAACUUCACCGGUCAUCCGCACGGCCUCUUCAAAUCUGUGUCAGCUUCAUUAACUAAUCACCGCCAAAUCAGAUCAACUUUCUCAGAUGGGUAAGUUUAAGGUCAUGAAGCCGGUUAACGAGGUUGAUGUCUCUUGUGUGAUAUAUAAAGAAGAAGACAUCAAAGCCCCUCAUUUGACUGGCUUCUUGUUCAAGUUGUUUGUUAAGAUGCUUGAAGCACCACUUAUAGGCUCAUUGAUUGUAGAGUCAUUGAAGAAGAAUAAUGGCAUGACCCAGAUUUUUCGGAACACGGUUAUACCAGAAGAGCCCAUGUUUAGACCUGUGUUCCCAUCUCAAAAACCGGAGGUUGAUGUUGUCCUUGUUGGAGAAGAUGAAAGCCCUGUAGACAGAUUAGAAACAGCCUUGAAGUGUCUUCCUCAAUAUGAUCCUUCUCUUAGCUUCCAAGCAGAUUCAAUCUCAUCCUUCCGUUACUGGAAGAUACGUGAUUACGCAUAUGCUUAUAGAUCUAAGCUAACAACUCCAUCUGUGGUAGCAGAAAAAACAAUCUCAAUCAUAGAGGAAUUUAAGUAUGAUAAGUCUCCAACACCGUUUUUGAUUAGCUUUGAUGCUAAUGAAGUCAGAAAACAAGCUGAAGCUUCUACACAUAGGUUUGAACAAGGACAUCCAAUAUCCAUUUUAGAUGGAGUUUUUAUAACAAUCAAGGAUGAUAUUGACUGUUUACCACAUACCACAACGGGUGGAACAACAUGGCUACAUGAAGAGCGUUCUGUAGAGAAGGACUCAGUGGUUGUUUCAAGACUUCGAAGUUGUGGUGCAAUCUUACUUGGGAAGGCUAAUAUGCAUGAGUUAGGAAUGGGGACUUCAGGGAACAAUUCAAAUUAUGGAACCACAAGAAACCCACAUUCACCUGAAAGGUACACAGGCGGAUCUUCUUCAGGUUCAGCAGCUAUUGUAGCCUCUGGACUAUGUCCAGCUGCUCUAGGAACAGAUGGUGGAGGUUCUGUUCGCAUCCCUGCAUCACUUUGUGGUGUAACUGGACUGAAAACAACAUAUGGUCGGACAGAUAUGACAGGGUCAUUAUGUGCAGGUGGAACAGUGGAAGUUGUUAGUCCACUUGCUUCAUCCCUGGAAGAUACUCUAUUGGUGUAUGCAGUGAUAUUGGGCUCUUCAUCUGCAGAUAGACUUAACUUGAACCCGACACCACCCUGUCUUCCGAAGUUAUUUUCUCACAAUGGAGGCAAUGCUAUUGGAUCUCUAAGGCUAGGGAAAUAUACAACGUGGUUUAAUGAUGUUCAUUCAAGUGACAUAUCUGACAAAUGUGAAGAUAUCCUUAAGCUCCUAUCAAACAAUCAUGGUUGCCAAGUAGUGGAAAUAGUGGUUCCUGAACUGGAAGAGAUGCGUGCAGCUCAUGUUGUGUCGAUUGGGUCUGCAACACUGUGUUCUCUUACUCCUUACUGUGAGGAUGGGAAAACUCCAAAGUUAUCUUAUGAUACUCGUACUAGCUUUGCGAUCUUCAAGUCAUUCUCUGCUUCAGACUAUAUUGCUGCUCAGUGUCUUAGGAGAAGAUUGAUGGAGUAUCACAUGGAUAUUUUCAAAAACGUUGAUGUUAUUGUGACACCUACAUGUGGUAUGACAGCUCCUUUGAUACCACCUGAGGCUGUGAAAAAUGGAGAAACCAAUUUUCAAGUGGCAGCUUAUCUAAUGCGGUUUGUUGUAGCUGCAAAUCUCCUGGGCUUCCCUGCCAUAUCUGUCCCUGUUGGGUAUGAUAAGGGAGGGAUGCCAAUAGGAUUACAAAUAGUGGGAAGACCUUGGGCCGAAGCUACCGUUCUUACUUUAGCUGCUGCUGUUGAGGAGCUGGCUCCAAUUACCAAGAAACCUGCUGUAUUUCACGAUGUUCUCAGCACAAAGCGAAUCCACUAGGAGACUGAGAAAGGCAAAGAAAUUCUCUGAACUGGAUGUUUAGUUUAUAUGUGGUUACAAUUUGAUUCAUGUGUUUAUUUUCAGGUUAACCUACUAUAUUUAUAAAAUUAAAGGCCCCAAAAUUAAAAGCAAUAAUUGGGGUGUUGUUUGUAUUUACUUCGUACAUUGACUAUGAUUUAUUAUUAUAAAUCUCAGUUAAGCAAAGAUAAACGAAGUUUGUCACAUAGUAGUAUCUUUAAGACUAAUAUGAAGAGUGGCAUACAAGAUGAAUACAACAAUGUAACAGAACCAAUCAUUCACCUUUAGUGUUAUUUUCUGCAACAGCAUCACGUGGAAGAUCAAUCCCCCUUUGGGGUCUUACCCGGACAAUCAGUCACUGAAACGUUUGAUCCCAAACACACUGCGCAUUUAGACAUGAAAACAUUACACUAUAGUUUGGUUACAUCUCCAAAUGUCGGUUACACUAUACUUCGGUUAUCCAUUUAAUUUCAUUCCUCUUUCAAUUUGUUUUAACUAGAUUUUUCUUUUUUUUUACGAUCAACUUGAUUUCUCUUAACAUGAUUUUAUUCUACUACGAAUUACAAUUAUUAGACUUUAAUGACAAAAAAAAAUUAUGAGACGAUUAUUCAACAAACAAAUAUAUUUAUUUAUGAAAAUUAUAUCUUGAGUGAUUUCCAAGAUUUUUUUAAUAAUAAGGAAUAUAGUAUACAAAGAAAUUUUCAAAUAUUUAUAAUUCGUAAGAAUUUUCAAAUGAAAACAUAAUAAUAAAUAUCAUCAUCAUUGCAUGUACUAAUAAGUAAUCAUAAAAUGUAUAU